AUGACUUCGGCGGCCAACUCAGACAUUUCAGCCGCGACUGGGUUCUGCUCUUGUCCAGAAUUCAUACAGAUGUUGAUGCUAGGCUGCGAUCCCUUCCGGAACCUGAGAGGCACACAAGGCUUCCAUGAAUAUAUUGAAGAGGCUUCAGUGCCGUUGAGGCUACUUUGCACACCUUCUUCGUCAUCUUCUCGCGAAACGUGCAAUAAAGGUGAUGGGACGGGCACUCCCAGCAGAAGUCUCCAGAAGGGAGUGCAGGCCGAUGCUCACUUCUCCCUUAUGCGUAGACUCACAAUCAGAGGUAGGAACUCACUCGACAUGAGCAAUAGCUUGAUUUCCAGGCAAGUCAAGUCUCACCAACCUAGAGGUAUUUCCACCUUCUUUACCAGGAUGCAAGUCCGCACACCAGCAAAGUGCGGCGACUCUAUGACGGGCAUCCUCAGAGGCAGGGACACAGCCAGAAAUUACAACAGAAUGAAGCGAUGA